AUGACUGAGUUUGACGAUUGCAGUCACGGCACAUCCAAUAUGUAUCUGCCAGGGUGCGCUUAUUACGUCUCACCCUCAGAUUUCUCGACGAAACCCUCUUUUUUGUCGCAAUCCUCGUCUUGUCAAAUGACUUUUCCUUAUUCUUCUAAUUUACCUCAUGUCCAACCUGUGCGCGAAGUAGCAUUCAGGGAAUACGGAUUAGAGCGCAGCAAAUGGCAGUAUAGGGGCAGUUAUGCUCCUUAUUACUCAGCUGAAGAGGUGAUGCACAGAGACUUUCUGCAGCCUGCGAACAGGAGGACGGAAAUGUUAUUCAAAACGGACCCUGUCUGCGGCCACCACGGACCGUCUCCCGCCGCCUCCAACUUCUACAGCUCGGUGGGGAGGAACGGCAUCCUGCCGCAAGGCUUCGACCAGUUUUACGAGACAGCCCCCGGACCCCCGUACCAGCAGCACUCCGAGGGCGAGGGGGACGCGGAGAAGGGCGACUUGAAAGCCCAGAACAGCACUUGCAGUAAAACACCUUCCAGCCAAGAGAAGAAAGUGACACCAGCAAACAGCGCCGAUUCCCCUUCUGGUGAGGCUGUUGCAGAGAAGAGCAACAGUUCAGCAAUUCCCCAGCGAUCAAGGAAAAAGAGGUGUCCCUAUACCAAAUAUCAGAUAAGAGAACUGGAACGGGAGUUUUUCUUCAACGUGUACAUAAACAAAGAGAAAAGACUGCAGCUGUCCAGAAUGCUCAACCUCACCGACCGGCAAGUUAAAAUCUGGUUCCAGAAUCGAAGGAUGAAAGAAAAGAAACUGAACAGAGAUCGACUCCAAUAUUUCACUGGGAAUCCCUUGUUUUGA